UACUUCAUAACAGUACUGUUCAAUACUCAUUUAAAUCAUACGUUAUGUGAUCAUUAGUUUAUCACGGGUUACCUGACAAUAUGAAAAUUUGUUGGCAUGAAAUCAAUGUUUUCAAAUUAUUAACUUUCGGAAUGAUUCAUACUUUUCAACUCCAUCGACAUGUUUUUGAACAAUUUAUCAAAUUGAGUGUAUUUAUCUGAUGUAAUUUUUCAAUUAAGGAAGAGCUGACAGUUAUGAACCUGAUAGGCGAAAAAAUGAACAACUGGCGACCACCAGUAUUCGCAUUAGGUCCUCAUGAACAGAAUUUGGGUACAUUAAUACGUGAAAGCAGGUUUUUGAGAUGUAUGAAUAUCAACGACACAGAAUGGAAGAAACACUGCGAAACAACCGAUGAAAUAUUAAGGUGCGUAAUGAAAAAUGUCAAUAAAUUUGCAAAUGAAGAUUUUGAAGGACUUAUUAUCAAAGACGACUUGAUCCGAUUUGGUAGUUCAAGGGAUGGAUUAAAGGUCAAUGAUGCUUUAGAGUUUGAUUGCAUACUUCUAUUUGAUAUAAGUGGAAUGCAAGUGUCGAAAGUGUUAGCAAGAGAUUAUUUCUCUGAGGAAAUUCUUGGCAUGAUGAAACUUCGUGUCAUUAAUGCUGAAUAUCUGAUCAGAAGAUUUCCAUGGAUAGAAAAGAAUGAAAUAUUUAAAAAGUUUGCAAAUGGGGAAUACUUCUUAAACACAAAACACUUGCAGGAGAAAGUUUUCAAAUCUAUAAUUGACAAAACGCGAAAAGUUAUUAAUGAUCAAUUUCAUAAUAUAAACAGUCCUUAUUUUCUACGUCGCACUGCAAAACCUCCUACAUUCGAUAUCAACAUAACGCUUAACGAGGAGAAAGAUAUUACUGAUCUUCGUAACGACAUCAGAUCGGCACAAGGAACGCAUGUGACAAUAGAGUCCGAUAAAAAACCAAGCCUUGAUAUUGAUUUAGUCCCAUCAUUGCAUUUACGGAACGAUUGUGUCCCCAACCCAUAUACUGCAAAAUUACCCCAUGGAUUCGGAAUAAAACAGAUGAACUGUCAAGUAUAUGCUGUAAUGAAGUGGGCACAUCGCAGUACAGAAGCCUCCUCAAUGUUUGACAGUAAUUGUUUAUGGAGAGAAUGUACAUCUGCAUAUGAAAAACAGAUACUUGAUAUUUGUAGACGAAACAACAGCCAAAAAUACCUUAUGACUGCUUGUCGUCUGCUGAAAUCGUAUGUUGCCAAUCAGCAUAGAACAAAUCAGAUUAGAUCAGUUGCUGCAUCUCAACAUUUAAAGACUAUUUGUUUCUACUGCGUUACUUUUCUUACAACGCCAAGCGACCAUAAUUCACUUUUUGGGUUGAAAGAGGCUCUUGGAUAUUAUCUCUAUUUUCUGGGUUUAUGUAUAGAAAGCAAAAACCUGCCUCAUUUCUUCUUUGGGAAUCCAUGGUUAUGCACUUGCUUUCCUGAUAGCUCGUUUGGGCAUGAUAAAAAACAGAAGAACCUUUAUAGCUCUGUUAAAUGGGAAACCUUCCGCCAAGCUUCAUUAAGCUAUACAAAUAUGCUAGAUGAUCUGAAAGGACUUUACACUGAGUCUUGUCAGCUAGAUCCUGAUCGUAUAGGACAGUUUAAAGAACAUUUGGGUUUGAAACACAACUACAGAAAGCCGAAAUUUGAACUGAGAAAAUCAAGUUCAGGAUGUAAAUUAUGCGUUUGCUUAACAAUACUAUUACCGUUUAUCACAGCGUUUACAAUUAUUUAUGUUUUUUCUGGUUCUCUCUUAUUUAGUUUUCUUUUUUUCUCACUCACAAAAUUGGCAUAAUACAUAUAUACAUAUGUAAUGAAAGUAAUUUUGAAAUAAAUUGUCUGCGUUCAAA